ACCCCGUGUAAAAAAAAUGGUCCCAAUCACACUCUUUGCUGGGUUUGACUUAGUGAGCAAUAUGUCCAGUGAUUUUCUUCCUGAAAACUCCAUUGUAGUGGGGUGUGGGUCAGUGGUGUUGGAUUUCUUGGCAACUGUUGCUGCUUAUCCCAAACCAGAUCAAAAAAUCAGAAGCACUUCAUUCAAGAUUCAAGGAGGUGGAAAUACAGGCAAUGCUUUAACCUGCGCAGCUCGCUUGGGCCUCAAGCCAAGGAUCAUCUCCAAGGUUGCAGAUGACACUCAAGGAAAGAGCAUAUUAGAUGAACUGCAAGCUGAUGGUGUAGAUACCUCCUUUAUAGUGGUAUCUAAGGAAGGGACUUCACCAUUUACCUAUAUAAUUGUUGACAACCAAACCAAGUCGCGUACUUGUAUACAUACCCCAGGAUUUCCUCCAAUGAAACCAAAUGAUCUUCUUGAAUCAAGUUUGUUUGCUGCAUUGAAUGGAGCGAGAAUAGCUUAUUUUGAUGGGAGAUUGCAUGAAACUGCUCAAGUUGUUGCGCGCGAGGCAGUUAAGAAGAAUAUACCUAUAUUAAUGGAUGCAGAAAGGCUAAGAGAAGGGUUAGACGAUAUCAUUAAAGUAGUUGAUUAUGUUGUAUGUGCUGAACAGUUUCCGCAGGCAUGGACAGAGGCAGCAACUGUUCCAAAAGCACUUGUUUCUAUGCUACUAAGUUUGCCAAAACUCAAAUUUGUGAUUGUAACUUUGGGAAAAGAUGGUUGCAUAAUGCUUGAGAGAAGUGAGGUUACAUCCACAGAAGAAAUGGAUGUUGACAAAUUACUGGAAUCUCUGGAAGCAAGAAAGAAUGAGAGCAUAUACAUCCCAACAUGCAUAUCAUCAUCUGCGACAAAACUGCGAGCAGAAGGUAUAGGAACAAUUUGUGGUAGGUUAUACAUUGGAACAGCUGAAAACAUACCACUAUCAGAGCUUAUUGAUACCACUGGUGCCGGUGAUGCAUUCACUGGAGCUGUUCUCUACGCUAUAUGUGCCAACUUUGCAACAGAGAAAAUGCUAUGCUUUGCUGCUAAUGUGGCUGCUACCAAGUGCAGAGCUCUAGGAGCACGAAGCGGUCUUCCUUACCGUACCGACCCGCGCUUAGCAUCCUUCAUGCAGUAGCUUUACCAAGCUAGACGAAUGAGUUUUUUGUUGUUGUUAAAGGAGUGUGACAUUGGUCAAUUGUUGUUGAUCUUAGUUUCAUGAAAUUUGUAGUAAGGCAAUGAGUAUUCCUUUUUUUGCCUUUUAUUAGUUGUUAAGUUGGUGCAACGAAUUGUCAUGAAAAUGAAAACAUAUAAAAUUGGUACACAAAUUAAAGUGUGCUCUUAAACUUGUUUAAAACAUGUAUGUGUAGUUAAUUAUUAGUUUAUGUAAAAUUAUUUUCCUCCA